UCUAAAAUGCUGUAUCUAUGUGUUUUUUUGCAGAUCUUCGCAUUUUUAGCACUAAUGUGUCUUAUCCUAGCCAUUGGCAAUGGCAUCUGGGAGUACGAUAAGGGCUACUACUUCCAGGUCUAUCUGCCCUGGGCAGAAGGUGUCACUUCUGCCCCCUACUCUGCCUUCCUCAUGUUCUGGUCAUAUGUGAUCAUUCUAAACACAGUGGUGCCAAUUUCGCUCUAUGUCAGUGUAGAGAUUAUACGCUUAGGCAACAGCUUCUACAUUGAUUGGGAUCGUAAAAUGUAUUACCCAGUGAACGACACACCGGCCCAGGCUCGUACCACCACACUCAAUGAAGAGCUGGGGCAAAUCAAGUAUAUCUUCUCAGACAAAACAGGAACUCUCACUCAGAAUAUCAUGUGUUUCAACAAGUGCUCCAUCAAUGGGAAAUCCUACGGUGAUGUGUGUGACCUGGCUGGCCAAAGGAUAGAAAUAAAUGAGAACACAGAGAAGGUUGAUUUCUCAUACAACCAGUUAGCCGACCCAAAGUUUGUCUUCUAUGACCACAGCCUGGUUGAAGCAGUGAAGCUGAAUGAUGACGCCACGCACAGAUUCUUCCGGCUGCUCUCACUUUGUCAUACAGUGAUGCCAGAAGAGAAGGAGGAAGGUAACUUGGUGUAUCAGGCCCAAUCUCCUGAUGAGGGAGCCCUUGUGACUGCUGCCAGAAACUUUGGAUUUGUUUUUCGGGCUCGUACACCAGAGACCAUCACAGUGGUGGAAAUGGGAGAAACAAAAACCUACAAGCUGCUGGCUAUUCUUGAUUUCAACAAUGUGCGCAAGCGAAUGUCUGUUAUUGUGCGGAGUCCAGAAGGUGACUUGACUUUGUACUGCAAGGGAGCUGACACCAUUCUUUAUGAAUUGCUUCAUUCAUCCUGUGAUUCUCUCAAAGAGGAGACAACAGAACACCUGAAUGAAUUCGCUGGUGAAGGUUUGAGAACACUUGUUGUGGCCUAUAAAAACUUGGAUGAAAAAUACUUUCAGGACUGGAUCAGGCGUCACCAUGUUGCAAGCACUGCCUUGGAAGGAAGGGAAGAUAAAUUGUCCGAGUUGUAUGAAGAGAUUGAGAAAGAUUUAAUGCUUCUAGGUGCCACAGCGAUUGAGGACAAGUUACAAGACGGAGUCCCACAGACGAUUGAGACUCUUGCCAAAGCCAGCAUUAAGAUAUGGGUUCUCACUGGAGACAAGCAAGAAACGGCAGUGAAUAUUGGUUACUCCUGUAACUUGCUGAAUGAUGACAUGACAGAUGUUUUCAUUAUUGAAGGCAGCACAUCUGAUGACGUACUUAAUGAACUCAGGAAUGCAAGGAAAAAGAUGAAACCAGAGUCCUUUCUGGACACGGAUGAAAUUAACAUUCAGUUUGCAAAAUCUUCAAACAAAGCAAAGCUUCUACCUGAUGAACAAGCAAAUGGGGUUUACGGUCUUGUUAUCAAUGGCCAUAGCCUGGCCUAUGCACUGGAAGGGAAUCUGGAGCUGGAGCUGGUGAGAACAGCCUGCAUGUGCAAAGUGGUGAUCUGCUGCCGGGUGACUCCCCUGCAGAAGGCCCAGGUAGUGGAGCUGGUGAAGAAGUACAAGAAGGCUGUGACCCUGGCGAUCGGAGAUGGAGCCAACGAUGUCAGCAUGAUCAAAACUGCCCACAUUGGGGUUGGCAUCAGUGGCCAGGAGGGGAUGCAGGCGGUCUUGUCCAGUGACUUCUCCUUUGCACAGUUCCGUUACCUCCAGCGCCUGCUCUUGGUCCAUGGCCGGUGGUCUUACAUCCGCAUGUGCAAGUUCCUCAAAUACUUCUUCUAUAAGAAUUUUGCCUUCACAUUAGUGCAUUUCUGGUAUGGCUUCUUCUCCGGUUUCUCAGCGCAGACUGUAUAUGAUGAGUGGUUCAUUACGCUUUACAAUUUGGUAUAUACCUCCCUCCCGGUGCUAGGAAUGAGCCUCUUUGAUCAGGAUGUGGAUGAUCGCUGGAGUAUGCUAUUUCCUCAGCUCUAUGUGCCUGGACAGCAAAACCUCUACUUUAACAAAAUAGUGUUUGUCAGCUGCAUGUUGCAUGGGAUCUACAGUUCCCUUAUCCUCUUCUUUAUCCCUUAUGGGGCAAUGUACAAUACAAUGAGAAGUGAUGGGAAAGCUAUUGCUGACUAUCAAUCCUUUGCGCUCAUGGCCCAGACCUGCCUACUGAUUGUGGUGUCCGUACAGAUUGGCUUGGACACUGCUUACUGGACAGUUGUGAACCAGUUCUUCAUCUGGGGCAGCCUUUCUGUUUACUUUGCCAUCACCUUCACCAUGUACAGUGAUGGCAUGUACCUGAUCUUGACAGCCUCGUUUCCCUUUGUUGGUACGGCUCGAAACACCCUCAGCCAACCAAAUGUGUGGCUAGCCAUCUUCCUCAGCAUCAUCCUCUGUGUGCUGCCUGUAGUUGGCUAUCGUUUCCUGAAGACUCAGUUAAAGCCCACUCCCAGUGAUAAAGUCCUACUCAAGAUCAAAGAAGCUAAGAAGAGGCCACCUCCCCCGUCACCCAAGAGGCGUCUGCGUCGGACCAGUACCCGCCGCUCUGGCUAUGCCUUCUCCCAUCAGCAUGGCUUCGGAGCGCUCAUUAUGUCAGGAAGGAACAUGCGGCCAAAAUCACCUUUUGCUACAACAGGAACGUUCUCACCUAAUAGUGACAAAUACAAACACAAGGGACUGUAAAAA